UGGAGGGAGCCCAUUGACAGCGAUGAUGUUCUGCGAAGACGGAGGCAGAGCGUGGCUUUGCUGGGAGGAAGGCUGGGACAACCCUGCCCAGUGCUCUUGGCGUGGGCUUGCUUUGGGCUUCAAACCCUGCUAUGCACACAUUGCUUCCCUCCCAAGCCUGAGCUGUGACCUCGCAGCGAUGGGACGCUAGAACAGAGGCCGCCCGAAAGCCAGAGCUGGGAGCAGCAGGGAGUCAUUGAUCUUUUCCAGCAUCGUUUUUUUACGAGGGUCAUUUCCCUGGUGCAAGAUGGCCCUCUGCCGGAGAAACCGAGCACCAGCCGGAUAUUUGAGGAUACUCCCCCAGGCAGAGCAUCAGCUGAACAAGACUGCACAGGCCUGCCGGUGACAGAGCAGGAAAACCACGCGUCUUUCUUUCGUCAUCCGGUGGCAGAGACCAGAGAGGCAGCGUCACCUCGCAGCUAGAGGAUGCCUCAUUUCUACGCUCAGCUCAGCGAGCAAAUCACACCCCUGCCUCAGUUUCCCCAUGUGCACCAUGAUACUUGCCUAGGGCCCAGUGGAGAUGAGGGGUCCUAAUGUAUCCAGAAAUGCACUGAGAUCCUUGGAGGAGAGCUGCUGGGAUCCCCUUGCCCCCCGUCUGCACAGAAAUGUCGCUUACAGAAUUCCCCCGCCGCUAAGUCUUGGACAUGGCAGUAGUGUCCUGAGCGGGUCGUGGCCACCCAGCACCUGCCUCUGGUCAGGGUGAAGGCAGGAUUUUGUUGGGAACAGACAGGCAAGGGCUGCCUUGAGCUCAUGCUCAGAGCUAUGAGGACAGGACUGAGCCUGGCUGGGUCUCCGGUCUCAGAAACGUAUGACUUCCCCGGCGUGAGUUAGGUAAAGGCGCUAGCCACAGGCGCAGAAAGGAGGGCAGGGAGCGACACCAGCCGGCACGGCCGCUGCUGGUUUGGGGCAGACUGACAGCUGCGGCACACCUGGGAGCCAUCAAGGACCUGGCUACAGCUCCUUGAUCCCCUGCCUGAGCCCAUCACAGCAGCCUGGGGGCUGCUCUAGUUUGCUGCAGGGGGUGACGGUCCCCGAGGGCCACGUACCAGCUGGGGCUUGCCAGAGCCUGUGUGCUCCAGGCACCCCCAACUCCACCCCAGCACCAUGGGCUGAGGGGCAACUGCUUCCCCUGGGCCCCUGGGGUGCCGCACACCAGAGAAAUGCUUGGUGGAGGGGUCUGCUCUCUGUGCCCUGCCUUGCUCCCGAGUUGUUGUUACCUCUCAUUGAGCUUUACAGGCACAGACAGUGCAUUUGCCCCUAGAAGCAUUAUAAUGGAAGGCCCAAAAACCAACCAACACAGACCCCCUCCCUGCUCCUAGUGAUGGCCUGGGCCCCAGGAUCGGGGCCUGCGUCUGAUGCAGCCACAAACAGGAGGCGGGGAAGCGAAAGGCUAAGACUAGAGCCACUGAGUCGUGCAACUCGCUCCCGGCCUUUUCCCGGCUCUCGUUUUCAUGGUUUGGAUUUGUUCUCGCCGAUUUGGGGCUGUCGGAUUGUAAUGCCGCAACCCUGAGAGCUAAAUGCAGCUGAUGGGGGUUUUGGACAGCUCUAAGAGGAGCCAAGACAUGUGCAUGCGUGUGCAGCUGUGUAAGUUGGUGUGUGCACAGGUGCGUAAGUGCGUUCAACUCACCUGCUAUUAUUAAUUCCUCAACACACCUGGGGAAGAGCAGUUUUCUCCAGGGAAUAAACCUGCAGCCCUCAAGCACUCGUCUUGACAUCUCUUCCCCUUCCAAAUGGCUGAGGAGUGGGUGGGAUCGUCCUGUUUGUGCCCUUAGCUGUGUGUGCAAAAGCAGGUGCUCAGAAAGUGUUGCCAGUACCCAAAUGCUCACUCAACCCCAAAUGAGGAAGGUCUCAUAGUUUUGAGAGAUUUGUCUCCUACAAGCUACCUGCAGCGGUGAUGCUGCCAGGGACCUGCAUAAAAUACUGCUGGCGAAGGGGAGAAGCAUCAGGCCCAGCAUGUCUCCCGUGGGGCCGGUUUAACUACCCAAGCAUAUUUCUUCCGGCGCCUUGUCAGAGAUGAGGGUCACAGAGGAAGGACCCAGGCGCCGCGGCCUCUAGCCAGAGCAGCACGUCUGCCCCUCUCGGAGGAGCCCGAGCAAGGCCCAGCGGCAGACGCCACUGAGUCACUUCUUGCUAUUUUAAGCCCGAUGCAGCAGAAAAAGCAGAGCAACCCCUAUUAUUUUAUAAGCCGAGGAGAGAGACUGUACAGAAAGCAACAGGCCUCGCCUCCCCGAAGUACAGUGCAAACGAGGAGCUUGCAACCUAACAAGCUAAUCGACCACUGCUGCUCUGGUGCCAGUGGUGCUGGGUGCUGUGCAGGUGCGACUUGUGCACCAACGAGCUUGCAAACCAUAUAGCCCAAGAAGGGACAGGGACACCCACUGACAAGAUGACUUGCCUCCAAUUAGUGGCAGGAUGGGGAAUAGCCCCACCUCACCCCCAACCACCUCUCACUGUCCCCACCAGCUCACAGCCCCUUGAUAAACCAGGUUAGAUUCAGAUCCAGCCUGACAGAGCGGCUCAGGGGAUCGCUGUCUUUUCCAUGGCAGGCAGCACAUCUCAGGGGCCCCUACCUCCUGUUUACCAUCACUCUCCAUCCCUCGGGCCCCUACGGAGACUGCUCAGAGGAAAAAAAAAUGCAGCGUGUAGUUUUAGCUUUUCACUGCAAAUCGACAGCUGGAAAUGGAGGACGCAGGCUUCUCCCUGUGCCCAGCCCAUUCUCUGUGGACCGUCCAUAAGAGCUCUGGGACCACCGGCGAUCAAGAGAUCACAGCCUGAGCCCUUUGGGGUUGGAUCAGAGAAAGGAAGACUGACUGACUGAGGCAUGACUGGAGUGGCACCAUCCUCCUUUAUCUGCCUUCUGCUUAAGGGGAGGGCACACCAUGGGCAUGGACACAGAUCCAUGCAUAAAACCGCACCUGAGCACCCUGUCCCAGUCUCUGUGGACAGAAUGGAUUUGGCCAGUCACUAAAGAGACCCCAAGACAGGCAAACAACUCCGUCCUUUGCCCCUAGGCAGACCUUAUAUUUGUGAUGCCGGUCAUCUCCCACAUGCUGCCUCUGGGCAAUGCUGGAGUAGCUUGUGAGCGUUACAGUUUGCCUGCUCAUGGCCAGCCCAGCUCACAGGGAUGAUCAGGGAUAGGAGCCAGGUGCAGAAUCAGGGCCCUCCGCCUCGAGUUGAGCACCCCGACUUUCACAUCCACAACAGCCCAUGGAAAAGCAAAGCUAUAUUUUGCCUCAAUUCCCAUUGCUUCCAUCUUAGCACAUGGGUGCGAGGUAGGGGGUGGAGUCCUCAGUGUUGCUUUACCCCGGGGGCUGAGAUGGCAGCUGGCUCUGGGGUGGGAGGCAGCAUGUGGGCCUCCUCCUAUUUAAAACCAAGGCAGCUCGGUGGCAGCCCCUGCUGGGACCAGUGUCGGCAAGAAGCGGAUUGGGCCUGCCGCUUUCUCUUCCCGCGCAACAAGUGGCCUCCCCUCCCAGCCCUGCGCCGGGGAAGACAAAAGGCCCGUUGUGCAUCCCGUGAGCCGUGCGAGAGAGCAGCGAGCGAGAGGGGAGGUGGCUACAGCCAUGCGAAUCCCCGAGGAGCCCUGACUGGCAGAGACCUGCCUUUAUUACAAUUUCCCUUCCCCUCCGUGCGCGUGUCUGGCUCUUCUCUGCGCGGUACCCCCCCAUGCCAUCUGCCUCCUCGCUCUGCGCUGCUCGCUGGGGAAAAUUACACGGUUGCCUGCAAACUUCGGGGAGCGAGCGGGUAGCGGGGAGAAGGAAGGGGACGUGCGUGCGGGCAGAGGACAAAAAUUAGGAGGGAGAGCUGGUUGUGGGGGGGAGAUUGGAUUCCUUCCUCAGCACUUCAGGCAGGCGGCAGAGCUGGCGUGGGAACAAAUGAGCCCCGGGGAGGAGAGAUGAGACCCCAUCCCUCCAGGAAGAAGAGAAGAAGCCCCCCGUGAUGGGGUCCUGCAUGUCCAAAGAAUUCUUCACAAGUGCUCACAAGGAGUAUUCUGUCGCCAGCAAACCCAGCCAGCCAGAGAGCUCGCCCGCUGCCCCCCAUGGCAGCCAGCAAGGGCCACCUGCUGCCGCGGAGAAAGCCGUCAGCAAGGUAACGAAAGAGCCAGCUGCCGAGGACAAAGAUCACACACGCUGCCUGGAGCAGCCAGGAGGGCACAUAACGUGUACAUGUGCCAGCCUGGGAGCCUCCCAGCCAGCCACCCCCUCCCGUACCAGCCCCUUCUCCCCCAGCACCACGAGAACGCCUCUUGCAUCUUCCAAAGGAAAUGGUAACUUGUUUGGAUCUAGACUGUGGACCCAGAAGAGGUUGGGAACUGGUGCCGCAACCUAUUGGAAAAGAGGAAAACCAGAUGGAUUUCUGCUGGGACCCAUUGCAGAAAUGUUUCAAGACCUCCCAUGGGAUUCUCUCCAACUCCAAGUCGGGCUCCAGCACUUACAACGUCACAGCCCUGGCGACCUCCUCUCUGGGUUGGUCCAAACCAUCAAGGAUCACAUCACCAAGCCCACAGCCAUGGCCCGGGGCCGGGUGGCUCACCUCAUCGAGUGGAAAGGCUGGAGUGCCCCGCAGUCGGGCUGGGAGCCAUCGCUGCCAGAUGAAGACCAGUAUUCCUACCUCACCGAUGAGCUGAAGGAGGCGCGAUUUGCAGCAGGUGUAGCGGAGCAAUUUGCCAUCACCGAAGCCACCCUGAGUGCUUGGUCCUCGCUAGAUGAUGACGAAAUCAACUAUGGGGGCAGCUCCCAGGAUGUCAUACAGCUUCCAGACCUGGAGGGCAUCUACCUACAGGAAAAGAUGCUGCCCAGUCCCCAGGCGAUCAGCAGCCCGCAGCUAGAAGGCAUCCUGCCAGCUUUCUGCCCCUCCACAUGCACGUCCCCACCGCCCCGGGGACACCCCACGGCAGACGGGUGGAACUCAAGCCUCCCCUCCCUGGGGGCUCUGCCCUGUGGCUCCCCCCACGCCAGGAGCUCCCAGCUAGGAAGCGUGGAGAAGGAGCCGGCCAGCUCAACCGGAGAGCAGGAGAGCGCGAGCAGCACCCUCCAGCAGCGCCUCACCAGCUCCCUCCGCUACGUGGACAGCAGCUCCCUCUCGGAGGAUGAAGUGUUUUAUAACUAGAUGCUCCCUCCCCGCUCUCCCCAGCGCAGGAGCGAGCGGACAGGGCUGGGGCAGCAGGGAGAUCUUCCGCUCAGAUCACUCGCGCCCGUUCAGCCCCGGCUUCCUGGAGACUUGCAGAAGCAGCCGCCUCUGGGUUCACCGUGGCUUGUAGGGAGAAGGCCCCCGCAGCAGUGACUGUCUAGACAGAGGAUGGCAGGGAAGAGGCUGUCUCACUGCGCCUCAUCUAGUCCUCCAGAGCAGGCCACACCUGGACUGAUGCCACGCACACCACAGCUGAGGCUCUGAUUUGUUUCCGAGGCCACUGGUCUGCAUUAAGUGGCACUGAUGCAAGAACAAGGGGGGUGGCAGACACAGCCAGGCUCCCUCGAUGGCUGGGAAGCGCCCAGAAGGCAUCCUCUUCCCUGUGCAUUUGAUACCUGCUCUGCAGCUGCAGCCGUCUGUCCUAGGAGCUUCCAGCGUGUGUGUGUGGCUUAUGCACCAGUGCUUUGGUUUCUUGUCUCUGUGUAGCUCAGACAAGCUCCUGGCAGGUUUAAAUACAGGCCCAUCCCCAGGCUCCUCAGCCUGCCCUGUUGCAAAGAGGCAUUCGGCUCCAUCUAACCCUUGGCACUGGUGGCUUUGGCAAGGUGCAAGCAUAAACUGGCUAGGAGGAGGGAAUCAGCCUGAGUUUCAAAGGUUGUUAGACCCCCGUGUCCCAUUUCACUCCAGUGGCAACCAGGCUUCGACCUUCCUGGGGCUUCUUUGCAAAGCCCAGCCUAAAGGCUAAUGGCAGGCAAGCUGGUUACACUGGUUCCUGCCUCUCGAUGGUCUUCAAAUACCAGGCAUGUGCCAGCGAUGGCAUCCAGGAGCUUGGAGCUGCUUGGGGAGGGUCUGCAGGAAUGGCCCUGCCCUCCUCAGCAGGCUAUAGCAUCCCUGUUUGAGGAUAUGGUCACAAUAUGGUUGUGCCCGGUCUGUGCCCCGCAGCGUGGUGAUUUACCACCAUCAUUGUGCACAUUGGGCUCUGUGCACUAUCACUGUGCACAUCUGCCUAGGUGUCUCGUGCUGUGCAUGGACCCUACUGUCCCACACUAGGUCCGUACCCUGCUCUCUUUGCGGGGGAGAAAGGAAAUGGGUUAGAUGGGAACCCCAAACUACCUUAGGGAGUUGGGGAAUAACUGAUAAUAUUCAGCUGAUGUGAAGGAGGCAUUUGAUGCUGACACCUGCAAUAGGACCCGCGUGGAGGGUGACAUCCCUUGCAGAUUCCCAGCCACUAAAGAGGACACCUUAAAUCUGGGACUUUAAAGAAAGCUACUGGCAGGGAUGUUCUUCCUGCAGUUAAGCAUAACUUAUGGCCGUGCAUCCUCUGCCGCCCCAGGGCAUCGCCCGAAUGCCUCCGUCCUUGGCCAGACACUAUACAGUGAAACACAGCCGACACGUCUGCUUUCCCAGCGAGCUGUGUAACCUCCCAGCUGGUUUCUCUCGUGCUGCCUGGAGAUGGAUCUUGUGCGCCUUAGCAACGCUCCCUGCAGCGGCGAGGGGAGCGGGCCCCGGGGACAGGCGGGGGGGCGGGGUUGCUGCAGCGGCUGUGACGUCUUUUCCUCCCUAUGUUCUGUAUCCUUGGAGAAAUUAAAGUGAUCGAUGAGA